UUCCCCGCCUCUUCAAAAAAAACAACACCCUGUCCUACGAAAACGAGGAGAGGGAAAAUCCGAAAAGAGAAAAAAUUAAAACCCGCUCCGAUACCAUUUCAGAUAUCGGGGAAAUCCCCGAUAUUCCGGUACGACCGAAACAUGUCGGGCGAGGAGCAGCAGCUGCAUAUAGAAACCCUAGAAAAGGGAAAUCCGACCUCCGAAGAAGAAGAAGAAGAAAUCCAGGCAUUGGAGCGAGAAGUGAAGGAAAUGGCACAGAAAAUCCUCGAUUUCCGAAGAACGCUUCCGGAUCUACUGAAGAAAACCCUAGAAUCUUCUCUCGCUGCGAGCAGGCCCAUUCUUCCGCAGAUUGAUGCGGCGGAGGCUGGAAUUUCAGCAGAUCGAGACCUAGGAGCAAGAGAACACGCAGAGUCGAGCAAAGGAGUGGUGCUAGCAGAGGAAGAUCCGGAAGCUGCUGAGAAGUUACGCCUGCUUAAGCUAAAGCUAUCCAAAAAUCUAUCAGCCAUGCCUGUCAUUCUGAAGCGGAUGCGUGACUGCAUUGAGGCAAUAGACAAGCUCGAUCAAUAUGAUGUAACUGCUCAUCCGGCUUUCAAAAGGAAAAGGACACACUGACCGAGUUCAUAUCAACCCUUAACACAAUUUGGGGGGGCCCGCUGUGGUGUAUUUCUCAGUGUACCAUAAUGUACCAUGUUGCCAUUUGGCACUGAAAGGCUAACUUUAUGAAAUGAAGCGGACGGUGGCGAGCGACUCUGUGGAAAUGUUGUUUACUCGAUUUUCUUCUCUCAACAAGGCCCUUCACCCCCCUCAAAGGCGAUAUGCCAUUUGUAUGAGCUUUGUAUUCAUGUUAUUUUGGCUAGGAUGAGAAGUGUACAGAGCUUGUGAGCAUUUCUAACUUGUCUUUCUUAUUUGUAUGAAUGGCGGAGAUCAUUCCAUUGUUGUGAUUUUUCACAUGAUGGUGUAAGAAAUGUUGAUUGGACUGGA